AUGGUACAAAUAGAUUUGUUAAGUGGUGGUGCCAAGGGAAGCAAGAUUGUGGUAACAACUUGUAGCACCAAGGUUACCUUGGUUAUGGAUAUAGAUUCACCGUAUGUGCUGCAAGGUCUACGAAAGGAAAAGUGUUGGACAUUGUUCAAGAAAAUAGCAUUUAGAAAAGGAAGGGAGGAGGAGAACCCGAUGUUGGUGCCAAUUGGAAGAAGAAUUGCAAACAAGUGCCAAGGCGUUCCUCUUGCAAUAAGGACUCUCGGAAGCUUGAUGAGAUACACAACUAGCGAAAGCGAGUGGCUGGCAAUUCAAAAUAAAGAAAAUUGGGAGUUUCCAAAGGAGGAGAACGACAUUUUAGCAAUACUGAAGCUAAGCUAUGACCACAUGCCAGUUUAUUUGAAACAAUGCUUCUCUUACUGUGCCUUGUUCCCCAAGGGAUAUGAAAUCGAUAAAAAGUUGUUGAUCCAGCUGUGGAUAGCUCAAGGUUACAUUCACCCACCAAGUAAAGACAGCAACUUAGAAGAUACCGGUGAUACAUAUUUCAAAGAAUUGUUAUGGAGGUCAUUGUUUCAAGAGGUUAAGAAAGACGUUGAUGGAAAAGUAAUUAGUUGCAAUAUGCAUGACCUUAUACAGGAUCUUGCACGAGCAGUUGCAGGAUCCGAAUGCUCAAUUUGCAAUGUUGAUUCAGGAAACGUAUCUGAAAGAGUUCAUCAUGUUUCAUUUAGCCAAUAUCUGCCUUCCUCAUGCGAAGUUCCGACCACGUUGCUCAAAGCAAGGAAGAAUCUGCAGACACUUAAACUCAACCGGUGCUACAGGCUUAAGCACCUCCCUAGAAAUCUCGGGAAGAUGAUCAGCCUCAGACAUCUGGAGAUCAAUGGUUACUGCAACUUGACCCACAUGCCGCCUGGGCUGGGAAAAUUGAUCUCUCUUCAGACAUUACCAAUAUUCGUCUUGUGCAAGAAGUCUCUUUCUUCUAGUGGACUAGACGAGUUGAGUGGCCUGAACUGUCUCAGAGGGAUGCUUCAUAUUGUUCAUUUAGAACAUGUCAAAAACGUUACAAGAGGGUCGAACAGAUCAAUCUUGAGCCAAAAGCAAUGUCUUCAGUCGUUAAAGUUAUCCUGGUGCAGAGAGGAGGACAACGGUAGUAAUGGAGAUAACAUAUUGUUGGAAGGCCUCCGACCCCAUCAGAAUUUGAAGGCACUGCACAUAGCUGGGUAUUGCAGCGUUCAAUUCCCUAACUGGUUGAUGACCAACACCGCAUUGUCUUUGCCAAGUCUAGUUGAAAUCACUAUUGAGGGUUGGAACAGAUGCCAACAUCUUCAGCCAUUCGACCAACUGCCUUCUCUGAAAUUUCUCAAAAUAUGCUCUUUAAGUUGUGUCAAGUACAUCAACAAUGGCGCCAACUGUUCUUCCACUACUCGUUUGGUUGAUGGGAAAAGAGAAGCAUUGUUUUUUCCCUCCUUGAAAGAGCUUGUACUUUAUGACUUGCCACUCUUGAAGGAAUGGCAAGCACUGAUAGUAAAAACCGACACCAUGGGAACAGGAAGUACGCCGAAACGUCGCUAUCAUUUCCUUCCCUCACCAAAUUAA